AAUCCUGCCUCAAAAAAAGAGAUUUGUGUGUGUGUGUGUGUGUGUGUGUUUAUGUGUGUGCUUGUGUGGCAUGUGUACAGUACCCAUAGAGGCCAGUAGAGGGUAGCAGGUCCCCUGGAACUGCAGUUACAGGUGGUGUGAGCUGUGAGUGGGAACUGCAGGGAACAUGCUAAACCCUAAGGAACCUUUUUAUAAGUCAACUGGUAUGGGCUCUUUGUCCCUUAUUUUUUAUAUCUCUCCUUCUGCCUAUAAUCGUUUUCUUUAGCUACCAUACUAGACCUGGAGGAAGAUGAAUGAGCCAGAAGAAUGGUAAAGCUGGCUAAAGCCUAAAUCUCUGAGUAGACUUUAGAGAACUGCCCACCCUAACAGCCUGAUCUGUCUCUCUCCUGCCUUUUACCUCCAAAGCCAGGGCUCCUUUCUCUUAGAGUGGGCUGGGCUUUCUUCUGCCAUGAUGUGCAUUACUGUGCCUGGGGUGUGUGUGUUGCAUGUAUAUUUUAAACUGCAAAAGCCUCAGCUGUUAUUGUUCCCAGAAUGGUGAACUUACCACACAAUCACCCCUUUGGGAGCGGGUAGCCCCCUUUAGUGCGUGCAGCUCCCUAGAAAACAGCAGGUAGCAUCUAUUGCUGUACACAUUCAACACCCGCCUACACACACACUAAGUAAAUAAAUAUAUGUAACAAGGGUCAUGACUCCUUUGUGGGGUCAAAUGACCCUUUCACAGGGGCUGCCUGCAACCAUCAGAAAACACAGAUAUUUACAUUAGGAUUCAUAACAGUAGCAAAAUUACAGUUGUAAAGUAGCAACAAAAGUAACUUUAUGAUUGGGGGUCACCAUAACACCAGGAACUGUAUUAAAGGGAUGUGGCAUCAGGAAGGUUGAGAGCCACUGGUCUAAGGGAUGGGUCUAUAGUUUCCUCACUGAAUAAGCUUCAGAUACUCACAAUGAUAACUUGCUUGAUGUCAUACCCUUUCCAGAUAGUGUUCUAAUAUCAACAUAGACUUAGAACUUGUUCACAUUCAUGAGAAAUAUAUAGGAGAAUGCUGGGUGUGGCAGUGCAUGCCUGUGAUCCCAGAACUAGGGAAGCUGAAAUGGAGAUUGUGAAAUGGAGGAACGACUUUAGCAUAGAACGCAAUAAAAGAUGAAACUGAAAUAAUGAAGGCCUGUCAUGGCUCAUCAGGGGCUUGAGCAACUGUAUGCAACAGGAGGAAAGUUUUAAAACAAUCAUAUAUUUUUGUGCUGGUUAUAGUGUAACAGCAAUAGAUGCUACCUGCUGUGAAGGGUAAUCUAUGAUACUGAGCUGACAAGAUGGCUCAGUGAGUAAAGAUGCAUACAGCCAAGCCUCAAGAUUUGAGUUCAAACCCUGGGGCCCACACUGUAGAAGAAGAGGAUCAACUCCUACAAAGUCUGUAUGUGCAACAAGGCAUAUGAUCAUAUGUACACACUCAACACCCCCCUACACACACACUAAGUAAAUAAAUAUAUGUAACAACAUUUAAAAAUGACAAUCUUUGGGAUGGAGAGAUGGCUCAGAGGUUGAACACACUGACUGCUCUUCCAAGGUCCUGAGUUCAAUUCCCAGCAACCACAUGGUGGCUCACAACCAUCUGUAACAUGAUCUCAGCACCCUCUUCUGACAUGCAGGCAGAAUACUGUACAUAAUAAAUUUUUUUAAAAAUGACCAUCUUGGAGCUGGGCAGUGGUGGCACACAUCUUUAAUCCCAGCACUUAGGAGGCAAAGGCAGGUGGAUCUCUGAAUUUGAGGCUAGCCUGGUCUACAGAGUGAAUUCCAAGACAGCCAGGGUUACACAGCAAAACCCUGUCUCAAAUAUAUAUAUUUCCUUAUCAAUAUAAAUAUCUUCUUUUAUAUUAUGUGUAGGGGUAUUUUGCUGUAUAUAUGGCUACGCAUCAUUCACAUACCUGGUCCCUACAGAGGCCAUAAGAGGGCAUCAAACCCCCUGGAAAUUGGAGUUACAGACUGUUGUGCGCAGCCAUGUUGAUGCUGGGACUCAAACUCUGAUAUUCUAGAAGAGGAUCUUCCAAUGGUCUUAACUGCUGAGUCAUGUCUCCAGCCCCAUCAGUAUUACUCUUUAACCAGACAUAGUGGUAAGAAACUUCCAGGACUUAAGUUGCAGUAGAACUGGCCACAAGUCUGCAAUUCAGAAUUACUACAAGACUAUCUAGUAAAUCCAUCCUGCUUCUCUAGCUCUGUGCCUCUUGGGAAUAUAUCUGCUCUUUGGGAUGGUGUGUUGGUCCCAGGCAUUUAUGGGUUUGUUUUUCAGCACUCAUAACAAUCCAACCCAAUACUAAAUCAACUAGGCUCAACCAAGUAGUUCUUUUGUUCCAAAUAUCAAUAAGGAUAUUCACAUGUUCUAUAUUUAGUUAGUAGCUUGCUAGGUUUGAACUGCACAAACUUAUUUCCUUUAUAUGUGUAACUGUCAGGUGGGGUUUCUAGAACUCUGUGAGGAAUGACAUAGACCUGUCUAUGCAGCAGGACACCCAGCCAUAUUUAUAUCCUUGGGAGGAAGGAGAAGCUUCAAGCCUCUUACAGCCUAGACACAGAAGUGGAAGACACUUAUAAUUCACUCUAUUUGGUCAAAGCAAGUAACUUAACCCCAGCAUUCAACAAGAGAAAAAAAUUCACCUUUUGACAGGAGAACCAGUAUGCUCAUAACAUGCAAGAAGGAGAGGCUUGUUAGUAGACAUUUAUGCAGAAAAAAAUCCACCACGGUAGUAAUCAGUACUGACCACAGUGGUGGUCAGAGCUCAGCUGUUCCUUGCCAAGGUGCAGAAGAGAUAACUAAAAAUCUUAAGACCAGUUUUGGCACAGUACUUAAGCAAUGCUGAGUUUUCUGUUUAGCCCGUGGCUCUCUUUAUGGCUCAGGAUGGUCUUGAACUCACCAUGCCUUCCUUCCUCAGCAUCCUGAGCGCAAAAAUUACCAGUGUGAGCCACUGAACACGGAUAAUGAUAAAGAUGAUAGUAACGAUGAUGACUGAGGCAAGGUCUCACAUGUCCCAGGAUAACCAUGAACUCUUCUUGCUGGACCUUCUGAGUUUGGGGAUUACAAGUCCCAGUGCUAAAGAUUAGGCAGGCUAUCUGCUAAAUUAACUAUAUCCUCAGAACUCAUUACUACUCUCUUAACAGCUUUUUGGAUCCAUCUAAGAAGACCGCACUGGCUCUUUGUACACUUUACAGUGGUAUAUAUGAACCAAACAGUCUUUCUCCAUUAUGAUCCUUUGAGUCCUCCCCAGACCCUUUUAAGUCAAUACUGGAAAGUUAAGUUUAAGAUGGUUAAGUGACUUGCUUCAAGUCAUACAUUAAGCCAGUUAGAAUGGAGAAGUCCACAUUGAAAAAUGUCUCCUUUCACUAAGUGUUCUGCUUUUCAUUCACUCAUUUAACAAAGCAUAUUGUUUGGGACACCUACCAUAUGUGUGAAGGAAUGUACAUACGUUAUAUAAUGACAAUUAUUUAUUGAAUACUUUAUAUGAUUGUGUCAGUGGAUACUUAACAUAAGCCAAUUAUAAAAAUAAUCUAGAGCUGGGCGUGGUGGCGCACGCCUUUAAUCCCAGCACUCGGGAGGCAGAGGCAGGCGGAUUUCUGAGUUCGAGGCCAGCCUGUCUCGGAAAACCAAAAAAAAAAAAAAAAAAAAAAAAUCUAGAAAUCUCUGCCCCAUUUCACUGACGACAAAAACGCAGUGUAAGGGAAAGACAGAGUCCUACCUUCAUAGUUAUUACGGCCGAUUAGUAAGACUAUAUUAUAGUCAAAUAAAUAUUUAAACAUAUAAUUACAAAUUACUCUAAAUCAGAAGCUGUCAGAGAGGGUUUACCAUGCUUUCCGUUUCACAAUUAAGGUCCCGGGUAACCCUGGCAACGACUCUUUCUGCCAAUACUAAAGAAAGCAUCCAGGGAGCGCGCCUAUUUCCACACACCCCCAUUACCCACAAUGCAAAAGGAGUAGGCGGAGGAGCGGGUCUGCCAGAAGUCAAUAUGGCUCCAAUAGUUACACCGUACGUUCUCUUCACCUAGUCAGAGACCUCACUGCCAAGGCCAAUCUGCCAAGGAGAAAUUAAGCUUCUUUUACCUCCUCACUACUGCGACUACAGAAGAAUCUGAAGCCAGGAGUCCCCUUAGUGGAGCUACACUCCGUAACCACAGAAGCACCACUUCCGCUGACGUCAUCACGCCGACACGUGGAUCCAAGAUGGCGGCGGCGAUGCAGAUUUGGUGGCCAAGGUUCCUGCUGCUUCUCUGUCUAACAUGUAAAGGAAGCACCUUCUAUGUCCCUGGAGUCGCGCCAAUCAAUUUCCACCAAAACGACCCAGUAGAGAUCAAGGCUGUGAAGCUUACCAGCUCUCGGACCCAGCUUCCUUACGAGUACUACUCAUUGCCCUUCUGCCAGCCCAUCAAGAUAACCUACAAGGCAGAGAACCUGGGAGAGGUGCUGAGAGGGGACCGGAUUGUCAACACCCCUUUCCAGGUUCUCAUGAACAGUGAGAAGAAGUGUGAAGUUCUAUGCAACCAAUCUAACAAGCCAAUAACCUUGACAGUGGAACAGAGCCGGCUGGUGGCCGAGCGAAUCACAGAAGAAUACUACGUUCACCUCAUUGCUGACAACCUGCCUGUGGCCACCCGGCUGGAGCUCUACUCCAGCAACCGAGACAGUGAUGACAAGAAGAAAGAAAAAGAUGUGCAGUUUGAACAUGGCUACCGACUUGGCUUCACGGAUGUCAACAAGAUCUACCUGCACAAUCACCUCUCAUUCAUCCUUUAUUACCACCGGGAGGACAUGGAAGAGGACCAGGAGCACACAUACCGUGUCGUCCGCUUCGAGGUGAUUCCCCAGAGCAUCAGGCUGGAGGACCUCAAAACAGGCGAGAAGAGUUCAUGUACCCUACCCGAGGGUGCCAACUCCUUACCCCAAGAAAUUGACCCCACUAAGGAGAAUCAGCUGUACUUCACCUACUCUGUGCACUGGGAGGAAAGUGACAUCAAAUGGGCCUCUCGAUGGGACACUUACCUAACCAUGAGUGAUGUGCAGAUCCACUGGUUUUCCAUCAUUAACUCUGUCGUGGUAGUCUUCUUCCUGUCAGGCAUCCUCAGCAUGAUUAUCAUCCGGACCCUGCGGAAGGACAUCGCCAACUACAACAAGGAGGAUGACAUUGAAGACACCAUGGAGGAGUCUGGGUGGAAGCUUGUGCAUGGUGAUGUCUUCAGGCCACCCCAAUAUCCCAUGAUCCUCAGCUCUCUGCUGGGCUCAGGCAUUCAGCUCUUCUGCAUGAUCCUGAUUGUCAUCUUCGUGGCCAUGCUUGGGAUGCUGUCGCCGUCCAGCCGGGGAGCUCUCAUGACCACUGCCUGCUUCCUCUUCAUGUUCAUGGGGGUAUUUGGUGGAUUUUCUGCUGGCCGUCUCUACCGAACUCUAAAAGGCCAUAGGUGGAAGAAAGGAGCCUUCUGUACAGCGACACUGUAUCCUGGUGUGGUUUUCGGCAUCUGCUUUGUGUUGAAUUGCUUCAUCUGGGGAAAGCACUCAUCAGGAGCAGUACCGUUUCCCACCAUGGUGGCGUUGCUGUGUAUGUGGUUCGGGAUCUCCCUGCCCCUUGUCUACUUGGGCUACUAUUUCGGCUUCCGCAAGCAGCCAUAUGACAACCCUGUGCGCACAAACCAGAUUCCCCGGCAGAUCCCUGAACAACGGUGGUACAUGAACCGAUUUGUGGGCAUCCUCAUGGCUGGGAUCCUGCCCUUUGGUGCCAUGUUCAUUGAGCUGUUCUUCAUCUUCAGUGCAAUCUGGGAGAACCAGUUCUAUUACCUCUUCGGUUUCCUGUUCCUCGUUUUCAUCAUCCUGGUGGUGUCCUGCUCACAAAUCAGCAUAGUCAUGGUGUACUUCCAGCUGUGUGCAGAGGAUUACCGCUGGUGGUGGAGGAAUUUCCUUGUCUCAGGGGGAUCUGCAUUCUACGUCCUGGUCUAUGCCAUCUUUUAUUUUGUUAACAAGCUGGACAUCGUGGAGUUCAUCCCUUCCCUCCUCUACUUUGGCUACACCACCCUCAUGGUCCUGUCCUUCUGGCUGCUCACAGGGACCAUCGGCUUCUACGCAGCCUACAUGUUUGUCCGCAAGAUAUAUGCUGCUGUGAAGAUAGACUGAGUGGGUGGACCAACGCUGGGCCCACUGGAUCCUCGACAGGAAGCCACCCUGCGUGGGGACUGCAGGCACACAAAAUAAAAUAACUCGUGCUCAUUUGGAAUGUAACUCCUGGCACAGUGUUCCUAGACCCCCAGGCUGCAUGGGGGACAGGAGGGCCUGUAGAUAACCCUUCCAUUUCCUUCAUCUCAUCCAGUCUGUAGGGAUACAUUUUUCUGUGGUUGGUUUUCUUCAGCUAAGAGUCGCUGUCAGCAGGAGCUUUCUGACCUGUUAAUUCAGGUUCUUUUUGGUUUAGGUUGGGUUUUUUGUUGUUGUUUUUCGGUUUUGGGGUUUUCUUUCUUCUUCUUCUUCUUUUUUUUUUUUUUUCAAAAAAAAAAAAAUGCAAAUCCGGGAUGGAUAAAUGUAGGGUUUUGGUCACUGUCCCCAUCGGCUCCUCAGAGUUGUUGGCCACCCUACCACUAACUGGAAGAGGAAACGCUGGGGCUGCAGUGAGGGCUCCAAGCUUCUCAGUGCCAACCACGCCCUGCCAGCCCCUCCUCCCAUUCUCUUCCCCAGCCUGCCCUCUGCCGCCCCGAACAGUCAGGUCUUUGGUCAUCGUUUUAACUGGGAACACUUGGUCACUACAAGGACAUGUCCUGGUUCCCUGGGACAGCAGGAUCCCCUCCUCAAAGCAGCCAGAGUUUACUGAACACCAAGGAAGAAGUGAGACCUCAGUGACUGUUCUCGUGCCAAGAAGCCCUGGGCCAGGGCCAGGUGUUUCCAGAGCCAAGUGCCCAUGUGUGUAUGGGAAGAGGUGGCUAAAGCCACUAGACUAGGGUGCUCACCCCUCAAGAUUGAUUCCCUGUCUUUCCCUCUGGGGCACCGCACUUUGUAAAGGGUGAUGGUGGACCCCUUCCCUUACUUUCAGGUCUGGAGUCUUCAGAUCUCUUCCUUGAGGCGGCCAGGGAGAGGAAGUCUCGCUCUCUCUCCUCACAGCCCUUGGCCCCAGCAUUUAUUCUUGGGUCCUUUAGCCAAACCCAUUCCCUCUUCCUCCCAUGCAAGUUCUUUUGGGAACACCCAGAAAACUUCUCUGAGAAGAAAAAUGGAAGGUAAGUUGAGUUGCUCCUUUCCCAGUUCCUAGGAAUAGGCAAGAAGCCAGUCUCCCCAGGUUGGAAGAGGAUCAUGGGCCUGGCCUAGCUCCUCCGCCCUGGCCUAGCCCAGCAAACCCUGGGCGAGUCACAGAGUUUGCUCUUAAGUAGCAAGAGACCAAACUCACCUUGGGUGUAGGGGUCAGUAGCAGCCACUCGCCCUUGCUCCAGUCCUUUGGGAGCCUGUCAGGAGACAAAGCUCAGGAUGCUGCUUGUGCUAGGAACACACCCUGCCCUCACUGCCCCACCUCCUGGGGCCCCACCGCCAUCGUCAGUCAAAUCAGUGCACCUCUCAAUCUGCCUCGCAGUGACUUCGCAGCACUGAGUGGCAUCCACCAGGAAUCAGGCUGGAGAAAUGGGAGCCCAGAGAGUGGAGAGUGAUUGGGAGUUACUUGUUCAUUCAAAUCUUGCACCCCCCCCCCCAAGGUUCUCAUUGUUGGAGAGGGUGGGGGAAAGGUUCAAACAUUGUCAAUUUUUCUGACUUUUUAAAUCAUCAUCAUUAUUUUUAAUUAAAAAAAAAUGCCUGUAUGCCUUUUUCUGGUCCAAUUGUAAAUAAAAUGCCAUUGUCCUGUUGUCUCAACUCGAA